UGUCCUGUAUUUUUCUUUCAUCCCUCUCCUCUUUUCUCAUUCUCCUGUUUCUCUUUAGCUUUGCUCCUCUUCUUGUGUCUUUUUAAUAAAUCAUUCUGGGUGAGACUAUGGAGGUUUUCAUCAUUUGUUUUUCUGAAAUGACCUCAGAGGCUGUUUCCUCUUCUCUCUCAGCUAGAUGUCCCGAUGCUGUCCUCUCCCCCCUUUCUCUCUCUAUCAGAUAGUCUCUCCGGUGAGUCCUGGCUGCUAUCGAUCCCAGGCAGUUUGACUCUCACACAAUUUCCUCCACAUGGGCCCAUUUAUGAGUUGACUCGCACCUCUAUUACUCUCUUCCACAAAUGUUGAAGUUCUCUAUCCCUCUGUCUCUCAGUUACCAUGAAGCAAGUGGCCCGCACCGUGGCCAAGGUGGAGCUGUCGGACCACGUGUGUGACGUGGUGUUCGCUCUGUUCGACUGCGACGGGAACGGAGAGCUGAGUAAUAGGGAGUUCAUCGCCAUUAUGAAGCAGCGGCUAAUGCGUGGGCUGGAGAAACCCAAGGACAUGGGCUUCACCCGGCUGGUGCGUGCCAUGUGGAAGUGUGCCCAAGACACCGCCUGGGACUUUGCCGUACCAAAGUGAAUAAAGAGACGGAGGGCUAAGUGUGCGCAGGAGAUGGACGGCGUGUGAAUAAACAACAACACCAGUAGCACCAACAGAUCUCCAUGAUAUAAACACAUGAAUGCAAUGAACUCAUUAGGACUGCAGAGGGGCUUCAUCCACCGUAAACGCAUGUCGCUGUAGUUCAAAAUAUCAAUAAGGUGACUGAAGCAUGCUGACUCAGCGCACCGUUUCCUGAAAACGCUUCUCUAGCAUGCCUGUCCAAGGCAUCAUGGGUAUGUUUUAAAAUAUACAAGGUUUGUACGUUUAUUUUUGCCAUAUUCUAUUUAGAGGAAUGCAGUGUCAGCAGGUAACUGUUGAGUCAAACGCUAAAAACAGCACUUUUAUAUCUGCAUUCAACACGUUUUACUGAAGAAACAGACAGGAAGUGGAAUUCAACUUCAGCUGUAUAAAUGCGGCAGUAUGUCCAUUCUAUACCAAAAACAGACCCUUAGUUAUUUCUUUGCUGGGGCAGAGGUCAGUGAUCUUGUUAGCAUCUCUUCAUUCAGUCUGCUAGCUCCAGCUGCAUCUUCAUUCUGUCCCAUAAAAGAUCAAUAAUGCUCAUCCUGCUCUACAAUGUACUGUUCAAAGUGUGUACUUUUAAUUAUUAUUUCCCACUGAAACACUUUCUAUGAGAUGGAUGUUAAAAGAAAUGCUAUAUUAAAGAUGUUUUUAAUAAUGAA